AUGGUUGGCAUAAAAACACUGGGAUACAUUGAUCAACGAUUGAGGUCUAUAUUAAGAAUAAAUAAACCAUUUGGUGACAUAAAUGUAAUAGUGUUUGGCGAUUUCUUUCAAUUAGCACCGGUAUUAGCAACACCAUUGUACGAUAGUUUUGAAGAAAUAUUGUCUAAAUUUCCAAGUGCUGUAGAAAUGUUAUCGAUUAAAUCUAUUUGGGAAACAUUCAAGUUUUAUGAGUUGACUGAAAUAAUGCGCCAAAAAGAUGACAAAAAAUUUGCAAUAAUGUUAACAAAGUUGGCCAGAGGACAGUUGGAGGAAGCUGAUGUAAAAUAUUUCCAAAAUCUUAUAAUCCACCUAGACAUUACUUUUCAACCACAAGUAAUGCAUCUUUGGGCUACUAAUAACGAAGUCGACGAAAUGAACAAGAGAGUGCUUAACUCUAUGAAUCAAGUUAGUUUCAUAUCCGAAGCCAUUGAUACGUCUGCGAAACGAUCGGAUAUUGAAUCUGCCAAGAAACUGCCACGACAAAAGACUAUGGGUUUAGCUUUAAGAUUAGUUUUAAAAGAAACAGCUAAAUACAUGGUGAUAGCUAAAAUUUCGACCGAAGACGGCAUAGUGAACGGUGCAAUCGGAGAACUCAUGCAAAUAAACAAAGGACAGACUGCAGGAGGUAAAGAAGUUGCAAAAGGGGUUUGGAUCAAGUUUGAUGAGCCAGAGGUGGGGUCACUAACCAGACAGAAGAUAAGAGACAAACUUAAACCCGAAGGCGAACACACAGAUGAUAUGUGCAAGUGGACACCAAUUGAAAUCAUAAAAUUAGAAUUUCAACUCGGUAAUGCAGAGCACCAUAAAGUAACUAGAAUGCAAUUGCCCUUAGUAGAAGCUUUGGCAUUGACGGUACACAAAAGUCAAGGUGCCACAUAUCAAUCUGUAGCAUUUCAUAUACCUCAAAAACUCUUGGAGUGCAAUAUGUUAUAUGUAGGAUGUAGUCGAGCAACUUCGGCUCAAGUUUGCGUAUAG